AUGCAGCUGGCUGCAGAGCUACAGAAGGUGUCCAGCAGCAGGCUCUCCCACCUACCACCGCCACAUCCUCUCCUCCACGACGGGGGGAGAGAAGGACCCCACUCUGCCAUCUCAGGGCGCGCCUCGGCGCCUCUAGCGCCAUCCAAGAUCCGGGCCAGCCGGGGUCGCUCCGUCAGCAAGAAACGCCACGCAGCAAGUGAAGACACAAUCCACCCUGUUACUGGAGAGAUACAGCUUCAAAUCAACUAUGACAAGCAGCUGGGGAACCUGAUUGUUCACGUGCUCCAAGCCAGGAACCGCCCCCGAGACAACAACGGCUUCGACCCUUUCGUCAAAGUCUACCUCCUACCUGGGAGGGGUGCUGAGAAUAAGAGGAGGUCAAAACAAGCUGGCCAGAGUCUGAACCCAGAGUGGAACCAGACUGUUAUCUAUAAGAACAUCCACCUGGAACAGCUGAGGAAGAAGCUGCUGGAGGUGAGCGUGUGGGACUACGACAAGUGCUCCUCCAACGACUUUCUGGGAGAGGUGUUGAUGGACCUGUCCAACACAGCUAACAUGGAUAACGUCCCACGCUGGCUCCCUCUGAAGGAACAGAGUGAGGGAGAGCACCACCGGCGCUCCCUUUCAGCACAGGGGCGCCAGCACUCCCCCAAGCCCCCCUCGCAGCACGCCUCCCCCAAAACCCCCGCCCACGGGAACCAGGACUCGCCCAAGUCGUCGGUCAUCAAGAGCCGGAGCCACGGGAUCUUCCCUGAUCCAGCCAAGGACACGCAGGUGCCCACUAUUGAGAAAUCUCACAGUAGCCCCGGCACAUCGAAGCCUUCCCCGUCCGAGGGCCACAGCCAACAUACSCCACGUGCGGCUCCACGUGCGGCGCCUCGCAAAAGUGCAAGGCAACASCAGCAGGAUGGCGACGGCGGUGUCGCUGUAGCAACGGGUGAAGCUCCGGCUCCGCAGCAACAGCACCGCCUCCAACCAAGUAAAAGACGCAAAUAAAGCCUCCGCAGCAUGGCCGCCUCGCGCUCAUCUGUUCCCCCUUCUGUCCAGUUUGAGCUGUUUUCUUUGUUUUCUCUUUUUUCCCCUUUUCCUUCWAUUUUUUUACCCUCCUUUUUUUAUUUUCCUACUUCUGGUGCCUUMCGUACUCCCCCMUCACUGCUUCUCUUCUGUAUGUUCCCACGGUGUGUAGAUCCAGCAUCAUACUUACCAUAUUCUAGCACUUCUUGUUUUAGAGUUUACACUUAAGUUUACUCCUAAGUUUACCCUGUUUCAAUGAACCUCCASAGSCACAAAGAUUGCUGUUAAAAACAUUUUUAUACUUCACUGGAUAAAAGUUUGAUAAAGAGGAAAUAUACAAUUACUACAAUUAAAGUAAUGUUUCUAAAAACAGACACUAAACCCUCUGUUAAAUUAUGUCAUAAAUUGGAACUAAACGUUUAAAUAACGAAUCAUAAGGUUGCAGGCUUAAUCAUCCUCCCUUAAACCAAGUUUGUUUCAAACAUUAUUUUAAAUGUUCUUGUAUUAUUUAAUUUYGUAAGACAGUUAACAGAAUGUCACAGAAUGACAAUGAUAAUCUUAAACAAGACUGACUCCCGACAAACAAGUAGGGCUUUUGAAAAGUCACUUUGGGACCACUUGUCAAUCAGUGUCCGAACACAGCACCACUGCCAGGGCUCUCACAUGACUAAUCAAGCCAAUGACUACCAUGGUACACACAGUAGACUCAGUAGAUUAGUAGACACAGUAUAUUUUAUUCAGUUUGGACUAGCCAUGGUGUCAUGGUCCAAGAGAGGGAAGGCUAGGAAUUACACUUAGAUAUCACUUGAAUCGUUUGWACUACCUGAUCCAAGCAUUUACAACGAUGAACUCAGAAGAAAGUCUCCCAACCUAACCCUCUCCCUCCGUUUUAAAUUUCAUUAUCCCUUUUUUUCCCUGUGUUUUGGACUUAUUUUGGUUUCUGUUUUAUACCAAAAUGGCCGACUUUCUGAAGCUACUCCACUCGGAUAUGGCUGUGCAUGCAGUCCGCUGCCCCUCUCCCACCCACCCUUUUUUAUUUUUGGACCACAAUGCACAUCAGUAGACGCCCCACGCCCCACGCCCCACGCCCCACCCCUAUGUGAUGUGGAGGGCCGGGGCAACUGUGCACCGCGCACUGUGGCUGCAUGUGACUGACAGUAAAGCUGGUUUCAAUGGUGAUGAUAUUCCUGCUUUCUGAGUCUCCAUCUUGCCCGCCCCCUGCCCCCGGCCUUGACCUCUGCCCUCUACCCCCUUGGCGUGACCCUGUCCUGCGCCUGCGCCCCUUACCCCCUCCAGUCUCCUACCCCCCAGCCCAAAGAGGCCGCCUCUCCCUGAGGCACCACAGACACACCAUAGUGGGCGUGCUCACCAUUCAGAAAGCCCAAUCCGAUUCGCUCCCCGCCCCGCCGGGCCCGGCAGCAUCAGCCAAUAGGAGCCAAGCAGACGGCAGACACAUGACCUUCAGGAAAGCCAUGUCUGAAGAGAGGCCACAGAGGGAAGGAGCACAGCCCGGCAGGUCCGGCGACGCUCCGGUAACAGCCGCCUCAUUGGACAGCGGUCUGAGUGGCAGUGCUUACAGCCUAUUGGAG